AUGGAUAUUUUAUUGGCCCCUAUUCCCUUUAAAAGUAUUCCUGAAUCAUUAAAUUUAACUAGUUACGAAAAUGACGAAAUAAUAAACGAUAAUUUAAACACCUUAAAUAAAUUAAUUGAUAAAAUGAUGGAAACUGAUGAUAUACAAUAUAUCAAAAGUAUACUGAUAUUAACAGGUUACCGAUAUACUUAUAGAGCAAAAUUUCAUUUAAUACAUCAUUCAACAAGAGAAAAUUUUACUCUAUUGUUACGUGCUGUUAAAUUAUGGGCAAAAAAAAAGCAUAUCUAUUCGAAUAUAUUUGGAUAUUUAAGUGGAUCGAUUUUAAUUGUUAUGGUUACUAAAAUUUGUUUAAUUUACCCAUUUGGAGAAAUAAAUUUUUUAUUGCAACAAUUCUUUCAAAUUUACGGUGCUUGGUAA